AUGGAUCGAUAUCGCGGGCUUCGUUCCGAGGACCAAGACCAAGGCGUUGUCACGUCCAACAAAUAUGACUUCGUUUCUCAGCUUGCCCCAGGAGUAUGGAAGGUCUAUCGCAAACAAGACAAGGUCGAAUUCAUCGCGCGCGACGCCACUGACGAGCUUCAUCUGCCCAAUGGUCAGAAAAGUCCCAUUGUGUUCUUGCUCGAUCCGAAAAUGUACAACAUCGGCGCACCCAUCAUGACCAUAUUGAAUCACGAGAAUCUCGUCAACUUUGUCGACUGGAUCCAGACGUACAUUAGCUGCCCCGCCAGAGUUGGAGUGCGAAUGCAGCAGAAGCCUCCAAGUCACUUCCUCGUCUGGGACUUUUGCGAUGCCGGCACACUCGAGAACCUCUUCCUACCGAGAUAUCGACCAGAACUAACGGACGAUGAAAAGGAGGAACGCGAACUGCAGAUAGAAGAAGCCAAAGCAGAGGGGCGUGAAUAUGAGGGGCCAAAGGAGAAGAACGUGUUCUUGCCCGAGUCACUCUGCUGGCAUGUCGUGUGCUCCAUCCUCAAGGCCUUGAUGUGGUUGCAUCACGGCAUCCGCGAUCAAUACAACGCAGACACAGGGAUGUCCGAGCAGCACCGUGCAGAUGUGGACUGGCAGACGAUAUUGCACCGCGACAUUAUGCCAUCCAACAUCUUCUUCUGCCACCCGCGCGCCACAGAGACGUAUGGCAUGUGUAAGCUGGGCAACUUCGGCAAGGCAUUUGUAUCGGGUCAUGUGAAUGGCGUCUCGGACAACAGGGUGCCGGCCUCAGCAGGCAUGGUGCGGGCAGGCAGGGACGGACACGCACCGCUGGAUCAGCUGCGUUGCCUGGACAACGGUAUUCCGAGAUAUCAACCGCCAACGAGACAUCGGCCGUAUACAAUCUCCAGCGAAUACCGAGCUCUCGCAGACGUCAUGCUGGCAAUGAUGCAACAGCCAGUUCGUAGUGCCGAUGAACACGUGGCGUGGGUGCGCGACAGGGACUUCUUGAAACAGCUCCGCGACACCGACUACAGCAAUCAGCUCAAGGACAUGGUCUACGACCUAAUGUCGUUCGAUGAUGGUCAACCUAUGCCCACGGCCCGCCUCUAUGAAAAGGCGAGGCACCAGUUUGCUGGCUUUCGAAAGCACGACAAGGAGGGCCAGGCGAUGGCGAUGAUUGAAAGUGUACUGUCGGCCCAGUCUUUUCAGGAGGCCAGGAAAAAAGAGCACAAUCUUAUGUUGAACAGCUUGACUGGUCGCGUUCUCGAGAAGCAGGACGCCAAAGUGGAUGAAUCGCCGAACGAGGAGCGGAAGGGUAUUCUGGAUGAGAUAGCGGCUUUCGUUGAUCGUUUCGAGAAGCAGUAUGAGGAAGUGAGCGAGUGA